CGUAACUUGGAUAUUUCCAGAGCAACAAAUUGAGACAAUUCACCAGUACCAAAUUCAACUGAGCAACAAAUUUUUUUCUCGCAGUUUACUCUUCAUCUUCUUUUAGCGGAACAUUAUUAAAAAAAAAUAGCGAAGCAAAAUAUUUGGGACUAGCGUAUUUUGUGAGCAACUAAUUAGCAACAAAUUCCUUUUUUUUUUUAAUAUUCGAUUUUUCAUUGUUUUGUUAUUAUUUACAUACUGUUUCGCUAACUAAUCUUCCUUUAGCGUAACAUCGUUUAAAAAAAACUAACAGAAUAACAAAAAUUUUUUUUUGCAACUUUUUAACAAAUGAGCAACAAAUAAAAACAUUAGUUAGAAUUGAUUCUGCUGACUUUGUUCCGUUAACUUAUAAGACGUUCCGACGACAAUAAUCUUGGUAUUCGUGUAAAAAGCGCUUGGGCAUUGGCCAACCUGUGGACUGCCUUUCCAGGCAAAAGCAGUACGAAAAGAGAGAACCGUUGCCUUUGGAGAUUCCGUUACCUAAAUUAUAUCAAGUGUGUCAAAGCUGCAAAGGACGACAAAGCGAAAUGCAAUGUUAAAACGAUUGAAACAAUUUUAUAUCUAUGUUCAAAUGAAUAUAUACUUUCCGACACGGCAUUAGGAUUAGAUGCGCUCAUUAAUUGCGCAGUCUUAGGAAACAACAUGAAGGUACGAUGGAAUGCUUGCCGAGCUUUAGAAUUAGUUUUGGGUCACAAUCUAGACUCGAUAUUGCUAUCUUCUUAGAAGGUACGUACAUACUUCAAAAUGUAUCAGCGAAGGAAUUCAUUUUGUUAAAAUACAAAGGUUUUGUAGGUUUAAGUAUUUCCAGUGCUCACUAAUUUCAUGUCACAGGCCUAACUAAUUCCUAUUUCAAAUUUUAUUUCAAAUUUCAAAUUUCCUAUUUCAAAUUUUAAAGUCUACACUAACACCGCAUAGGCAUUGUCCUCAUGUAAUCAUUACGGCGAAUAUACCAUGACAUUGUGGAGAAGUGAUAUUUCUGCCUUUGAAAAUGCUCAGCACGUUCCGAGCUAUGUAGAAUAUUCGCAUCAAGACACUCUGAUUCAAGAAGUGUGUCUUACUCUGUCGCGUUGCCCCUCGCAUAGAAGAAACCAAGUUGCAAAAUCUUUGGAUGGAAAUUUGCGAUCACAUGGAGAAAUUUCUAAUCUCAUGAAAAAAUACCAGGAGACUGUGCUGCCUGAAAAACUAGGGGAUUUAAUCAAAGUAAGAAUACAAUUGGAGCAACAUGCGAAGAAUGCCCAAGACGUCGAAAAUCGUCGAAUCGCUUAAUCCUUGGCAAAUAUACUUGAAAAAACUAAUCGCUAUGUUAGGCGAGAUAAGCGGAUAAAAUCCAAAAAAGAGGGGACAGCGUUGGCAAUGUUCAAAAGUUUCUAAGAUCCAUAAAUUCAUUUCUCAAGGUUAAUAUCAUUGUCGGACGGGAGAGUGUACAGAGGUGUAGAGUUGUGACAGGUUAUGUCACGAUGUUUAAACAUCACGGGAGUGAGUGACAAGUUAUGGAGACAGGGGUUAACACCAAAUUUUUUGAAUCGGCAGUCCUCGUGGAAGUAGAAGAAGAAGAAGAAAAUACCAAUUAGUACCAAAUGUCAAAAGCCGUAAAUUUCAGAUAAUUUGCAUCGAGUUCAUGAGCGUAAAAAUAAACAGUGCGACUGCUUUUACCAUAGGUCGUAUUAUAUAAAAAAAUAACGUCUGAAAUUUACGGCUUUUGACAUUUGCUACUAACUUUCUUCUUCUUCUUCCACAAAAUAGCACGAGGAACUGCCGAUUCACAAAAUUUGGUGUUAAUCUCUGUCUCCAUAACUUGUCACUCACUCCCGUAAUAUUUAGUUUUUGACAUAGUGACAUAUAACCUGUCACAACUCUAUACACUCUCCCGUCCGACAAUGAUAUUAACCUUGAGAAAUUAAUUUAUGGAUCCUAGGAAUUUUUGAACGUUGCCAACGCUGUCCCCUCUUUUUUUAUGAAUUUUGUCCGCUUACCUUACGGUGCGUUCAGAUUCCCUACCCGG